AUGGCCAGCACUCGCGACGGCAUCGUCACCGACGAAGAGCAGCAGCCUCUUCUGCGACAGCACAGUCCUCCCGGCCGGACCGUCCUAUCCAGGCUUGGCAGGUCGAUGCACGCCGAGGUCGACCGCUCAUGGGCAGAUCUUGUCCUCCUGCUCUGCUAUUUCGUCACAGGACUGCUCGACAGCUCAUCCACGCAGGUCUGGGGGGCCUUCGUCUCGAUGCAGACCGGGAACUCGGUCUACGUGGGCCUGGGCCUGGCCUCGCUGGCCCACCCGCCGGCCAGCUCGCGCCUGUGGCGGUCGGGCGUGUCUCUCGUCUCGUUCUGCGCGGGCUCAUUCAUCUUCGCCCGCUUCCACCGGCACUUCUCGCCCAAGCGGCGCUGGGUCCUGUGCGCGUCUUUUGCGGCGCAGGCGCUCCUGACCACGGCGGCCGCGUCCGUCGUCGGCCGGACGUCGCCGGCCCAAGAUCCGGACUCGACCGCCUGGAACGUGCUGCUCCCCAUCGGCCUGGUGGCCUUCCAGAGCUGCGCGCAGGCCGUGACGAGCCGGGCGCUGCGGUACAACGCGCUCACGAGCGUGGUGCUGACCAGCAUCUACUGCGACCUGUUCUCCGACAAGGACCUCCUCGCGCCCGUCAAUGCCGAGAGGAACCGGAGGGCUGCCGCUCCCGUGCUGCUGAUCGGGGGCGCCGUCGUGGGCGGGCUGCUCGCCCACAGUGCCGUCGGCAUUGGGGGUGCGCUCUGGCUGGCGGCCCUGCUCAAGCUGCUCAUGGUCGUCCUCUGGAUAUUCUGGCCUGCCGAGAAGGAGGAGUGA